AUGUCUGUAGGUCAGAUAGAUCCUGGAUCAGCAGUAUACGCUCAAGAUGAGAAUGGAAGACCAUUCAUCAUUGUUCGUGAACAAGGUAAAAAGGUUAGAACUCAUGGAUUGGAAGCUAUAAGAAGUCAUAUCCUUGCUGCUCGAGCUGUUACCAAUAUCAUCAAAUCAUCGCUUGGACCUCGUGGACUAGACAAGAUCCUCAUCUCGCCCGAUGGAGAUAUAACAGUAACUAAUGAUGGAGCUACGAUAUUGGGUCAAAUGGAAGUAGAACAUCAAAUCGCUAAAUUACUAGUGGAAGUUUCCAAAUCACAGGAUGAUGAGAUUGGUGAUGGUACUACUGGUGUUGUUGUUCUUGCCGGUGCCCUUCUUUCAUCAGCUUUGGAUUUACUGGAUAGAGGUAUUCACCCUAUCAGGAUCGCGGAUGGUUAUGAGAAAGCAUGUGAAGUAGCCAUACAGGAACUUGAUAGAGUAGCAGAUAAGAUUGAAUUCAGUAAAGAAGAUACUUCCAACCUUUUCAAGACUGCUAAAACGAGUUUAGGAAGUAAAAUCGUCUCAAUCGCUCAUGAUAAAUUCGCAAACAUAGCUGUGGAUGCAGUACUAUCAGUCGCAGAUUUGGCUCGAAGAGAUGUCGAUUUCGAAUUGAUCAAAGUAGAUGGAAAAGUCGGUGGUUCUCUUGAAGACACAUCUUUAGUAAAAGGUGUAGUAGUGGAUAAAGACAUGUCACAUCCUCAAAUGCCAUCAGUGGUAAGAGACGCUAAGAUAGCAAUUUUGACUUGUCCAUUCGAACCUCCAAGACCUAAAACAAAACACAAGUUGGAUAUUGAGUCGGUUGAAGAGUAUAAGAAAUUGAGAGAAUACGAAAAAGAAAAAUUCUUGGAUAUGAUUAAAAUGGUCAAAGACACUGGAGCCAAUCUCGUUAUCUGUCAAUGGGGUUUCGACGAUGAAGCGAACCAUCUCCUCAUGCAAAACGAGUUGCCGGCUGUUCGAUGGGUCGGUGGACCCGAGAUCGAGCUCAUUGCUAUUGCUACCAAUGGACGAAUCGUUCCUCGGUUCGAAGACCUCUCCGCCGAUAAGCUUGGUCGGGCUGGUCUUGUCCGAGAACUUACUUUCGGUACCACUAGAGACAAGAUGUUGGUCAUUGAGGAAUGUGCAAACACCAGGGCUGUAACCGUUUUCGUUAGAGGAAGUAACAAGAUGAUCAUCGAUGAGGCUAAACGAGCUCUUCAUGAUGCUAUUUGUGUAGUAAGGAACUUGGUAAAAGACAACCGAGUAGUAUAUGGAGGCGGUGCAGCAGAAAUUUGUGCUUCUAUUGCUGUAUCUAAAAAGGCCGACGAGAUUCCUUCAAUUGAGCAAUAUGCCAUGCGAGCAUUCUCAAAAGCUCUCGAUGCCAUUCCUCUUGCUUUGGCUGAAAACUCUGGUUUAUCACCUAUCGAUACACUUGCCGAUGUGAAAUCGAGACAAGUCACAGAAGGUAAUCCCAGAUUAGGUAUUGACUGUCUUGGAAAGGGUGAGAAUGACAUGCGAACACAACACGUUUACGAUCCUUUAAUCUCGAAACGACAACAAUUCUUAUUGGCUACUCAAGUAGUAAGAAUGAUUUUGAGAGUUGACGAUGUGAUAGACGCAUCUGCAUUCUCAGAAGAGUAG